AGCUCCGCUGCAGCUCAGAGAGCUGGUGAACUGUCGCUGGGCAGAGGAGGUCACCCAGCAGCUGGACACCCUGCAGCUCUGCAGCCUCACCAAACACGAGGACAAUGACAAGGACAAAUGUGAAAACCACCAUGAGAAGCUGAGCGUGUUCUGUUGGACUUGUAAGAAAUGCAUCUGCCACCAGUGUGCCCUCUGGGGAGGCAUGCAUGGAGGUCACACCUUUAAACCUCUGGUGGAGAUUUAUGAGCAGCACGUGACCAAAGUGAAGGAGGAGGUGGGCAAGUUGCGCCGCCGCCUCAUGGAGCUCAUCAGUCUGGUUCAGGAAGUGGAGAGAAACGUGGAGGCCGUGAGGGGAGCGAAGGACGAACGGGUCCGAGAGAUCCGAAACGCCGUGGAGAUGAUGAUCGCCCGUCUGGACAACCAGCUUAAGAACAAGCUCAUCACUCUGAUGGGCCAGAAGACGUCCUUGACCCAGGAGACGGAGCUGCUGGAGUCUCUGCUGCAGGAAGUGGAGCAUCAGCUUCACUCGUGCAGUAAGAGUGAGCUGAUCUCCAAGAGCCCGGAGAUCCUGCUCAUGUUCCAGCAGGUCCACAGGAAGCCCAUGCAGUCCUUCGUCACCACGCCAGUCCCCCCUGACUUCACCAGUGAGCUGGUUCCUGCCUACGACUCCAGUACUUUUGUUUUGGUCAAUUUCAGCACCCUGAGGCAGCGAGCUGACCCAGUCUACAGCCCUCCCCUGCAGAUCUCCGGCCUCUGCUGGAGACUCAAAGUCUACCCGGACGGUAACGGCGUCGUCCGUGGAAAUUAUCUGUCCGUGUUCCUGGAACUGUCCGCUGGACUUCCGGAAACGUCAAAGUAUGAGUACCGUGUUGAGAUGGUCCAUCAGGCCUCCAGUGACCCGACCAAGAACAUCAUCCGGGAGUUUGCUUCUGACUUUGAGGUUGGUGAAUGUUGGGGCUACAACCGGUUCUUCAGAUUGGACCUGCUGGCCAGCGAAGGCUACCUGAACAUGCAGACGGACACGUUGGUUCUUCGCUACCAGGUCCGCUCGCCUACGUUCUUCCAGAAGUGCAGAGAUCAGUACUGGUACAUCAGCCAGCUGGAGUCGGCUCAGGGCGGCUACAUCCAGCAGAUCAACAACCUCAAAGAAAGGCUGGCCAUUGAGUUGUUUCGCCGCCAGACGUCACGCAGCUCCUCGCCCCCCGACCUCAGGCCGGCUACAGGCACCACGGUGUCUGACCGGGACCCUCGCUCAGUGAAGAGCGACGACGACGCCCUGACAACUUUGAGCAACUCUAAGAAAGGCGAAGAGGACGAGAGGACUCCGCACGACGACUCAAAUGAACUGUCGGACGGAGACUUGGAGGUGGACUGUCUGACAGAAGAGGAGGUGAACCCGCUGGAUGGCAGCAGCACCUCUGGGAGCUCCACAGCCACCAGCAACACCGAGGAGAACGACAUAGACGAGGAGACCAUGUCAGGGGAAAAUGAUGUCGAUUUCAUCGGGAACCUGGAGGCAGAAGAAGGAGAGCUUUCUGAUGACCUGGUUGGAGCUACAGGUGGGUUCUGCUCCAGCGUGCGCUCGUUACAUCGCGGCUCUGCUGCUGCUCGUAGUGCCAGCGGGAGUGGAGGCGCCGCGGCUCUAGGCGGCGCCGUCGGGCCGGGCGGCGCCAGCCUUCUGGAGCUCGACCCGGUCAUCCUGAUCCAGCUGCUGGACCUGAAGGAGCGCAGCAGCGUGGAGUCCCUGUGGGGCCUCCAGCCCCGGCCUCCAGUGUCUCUGCUGCACAGCCAAGCGCACGGCCACUCAAGAAAGGAACGGGAGCGGCGACCGCAGGCGGUCCGGCGGUCGGCUCCAGACUCGGGCGUCCUGAUCCGCCUCAAGGCUCAAAUGGCCGAGGUCCACAGCAAGAUGUCUGAUGUCAAGAGUCAAGUCAUGGAAGCUGGAGAGCCCAGACCCGGCCCAUCUGGAUCCUUCUGCGUGGAGGAGGUUUCAUCUCAUCACGGGAGCUCGGAGACGCCCGCUCGUCACAAAUCCAGUGAGCUGGACCUGGUGGGGAGAGCAUCUGCAGCUCGGUCCAGGCCCUGCAGACCCGCCAGGAAGUCUCUGUCUCCGGUCCUGGACAGCAGCUCUCUGGUUGUGAAAAGGAGAAGUCCAGAAGAGAUGGAGAAAGAUCUGAGAGGAGCAGACUUUGCAUCUGAGCUCAGCCUGCAUCCUAAAGAAGGAGCGCUGAAGUCCGACUCCACCCUCGUUCCUUUGGGCAGCUCUUCAGCAGAGCAAGCCUCCACCUCCAAGCAGCCAUACUCCAUGGAGCAGCAGCUGUUUGGGCCCUCGGGCGCCAGAGACGAGAUCUUUUCGUUGGGAGGAACGAGCUACAUGACCGGCAGCCAGCCCUGCAGCGGCAGGACUCUGGGGGUGGCUGUGUUGGACCGGGAGUCUGAGAGCUCAGGAAGCACUCAUCAGUCUUUGCUGGAGGGGAUUUCUGCUCAGCCACAGUCAAAUGAAGCUCCAGCAUCGUCUGCGCUGGUGGCAGCAACCAGCAGCGACAGUGACACUGAAGACGAGGCUCUGCAGAGCAACGAGUCCCGUUACGACAACCACACUCCUCCCUGCACAGGAGAGCAGCUUCUGUCUGACGACCUGGGUCUACCUGCUGACAGGUGACUCCCAGUGACCCUGUCAGACUGCUGCUUCACGCUCGAAGGACAAACAGCAACUUUAUAAGACCUGUAGAGUAGAAACUGCUUGUUAUGCAUGAAGUUCCAAUGAACCAGAAACACAGUUUGGUGUCCUGAAUAUUUUCAGAACCAGGCCAAGGCUUUAAAAACUGAGAGAUGAUGAUAAAGUUCAUCAAACGCAGUCAGAACACCCACUACUAGAGAGCAACGAUGAUAAAACUUUAUAUUUUAGUCUUCUACCACUUCCUGGGGUUUCCUGCUCGUCUCUGUAAACAUCCUUGGACGCCUUUCAUGAU